AUGACUUCCCGCCUUGAAACAGUUCCUCGCGACGUUCUCCAACACAUCGCCCUCCAGUGCGCCGCGUCCGCGUUCGAGCCGCCAGUGGAAAUUCUUCGGCUCAUGCUGACACGCUCGACCUUAUACCACUCGCUCAACACAGUCGCCGCUCCCCAUCUCUACGCCCAAAUUUUUGUCGCGAAGUUCGAUACCUCUGCGCCGUUUCGACAGUACCGCUCGACGAUGACUGAUUCAGCUCUCACUGCAGAACUGACCAGCCGAUGCCGUCUCCUGCGGCGCGUGCGCCACAUGGACUUCUCCUCCGUUGGUUUACUUCAGGACCUGUGGACUGCGUUGUGGAUGGUCCUAGAGAGCGACGGCCUGAACGAGACACACCUUUCUAAAUGCCACUUCACCGAUUUUAUUCUAGGAAUUGCCCAUAUCUGGCUCCGCUCAACGGUGCCUCCGACGGGAGCAGAUCAGACGUCCGAUGCGAAGCCUCUGAGGGAGACCAUCGUGUGGCUCCUCUCUGAAAAUCUUCCACGAAGUAUGAUUCUUGAAAUGUCCAAACAGGAUCGGGACGACCUUUACAGCCUGAUCUUUCCCUAUAUAUUUUCGCCAAACAAGAAGCCAGAAUCUCCGGCGUUGCGCGCUCUUUCCUAUCCAGGACCCUCCAUCCCCAUUAAUGUCCGCUCCGAAAAUGCCCACGUUUACACUUAUCUUCGGCGCCAGCUCCCCUACCUUCCGGAUCCAUCUCUGGCCGCCAUUAAUCUCGCCUACGCCAUAUUCGAAGCCACCCCUCUCAAAAUUCCGCCCCACCUCCCCGAAACACGGACCACCGCGAAUGCCAGUCAACGUUUGGGUCCGACGAAGGAGGACUAUAGGAACCUCGGUUCUUACCGAACCCUCCUUUUCUCAGACUCCAUGGCAAUGAGUGUGGGGAACGGCUUGCCCGGUGAAGAAACUUCUCCUGGGAUACUCAGAAGCAUGCUGCACGACAUCGAGUUCGGCAACGUACUGUCACAGCCUGCCGCGAAAGGUCCAUCGACAGCCUCCGGGGUUUUCGCGUACAAACCAGGCACUAUGACAGGCCUGUGGGAGGGAACUUACAGAACGGUGCCCUUCCCCGCAUCUGCUUCACAAGGCAUAGAAACACGCACGGUAGCUUCAAUGGUGAUUGUCAAACCGUUGCAAUGCGCCUUAACAGAGUUUAUCUGCGAGGAAACUCCUUCCUUGGAGGACGACGUUCUGAACACUAAUAUCUGUCCUACCGAUUAUUUCGAUGUGCGAGACGUCUCCGAGCUCUGCCUGAACGGUCGAAAGUUUCGGAAAUUUGGUCCGCAAUGGAGCACCACGCUUCCCCAAGACCCCGAACCAGAUAAAUUGCUCCAUGACGUGCUACUUCUUGGAGAGACGCUAGUUGAUCACGAUCAGGCCUGGGGGGCCUUCAGAUUUUCUGGCCAGAUUCACCGAGAUGGACGCGUGGUUCUCAAACGCGAACCGACCGACAGCGGGGAAUGGCAAGGUGUUUGGAUUUUCGAAGGCCAUCUACGUUUCGGGAAGGUCGUGCUCGGACGAUGGAGGAUAACCGGGGCCCAUGGAGUCUUCAGUUUGGGGAAGACCCACGAGAAAUGGAAGGGAUGA